UUAUAUACAACAGGUUACUUCCGCCAUCGGCACCGGGUAAACAUAAACAUUAAAGAUGUUUAAAAAGUCGCUUCUAAAACUAAGUCCGAGACAAUUUCAGAAUAUUUUAGCAUCAGAAAAUAUAAGUCUUAAUAAACGAACAAUACCUGUCAUUUAUCAUGGAAGAUGUUUCAGUAACACCGUCGAGAAAUCGGAAGGUUCAAGUUCAACGUCAAGCGUUACGAAAACAGAAGGUCACGAUAUAGAACGAUCAAAAGAAACGUCAAGUAAACCACUAAAGAAUGUCCCAUUUAUCAAGGAGCUAUUUCUUGGAAGAUUUGAUAAGGAAAUGCUUGUUUUCCCAGAGCUGUCAAAAAGUGAAGAUUAUGAUCAUUUGAAUGAAUUAGUGGCCCCUAUAGAGAGGUUCUUUGAUGAAGCAGUGGAUUCUAAACAGAUAGAUGUAGAUGGUAAGAUCCCAGAUGAAAUCAUUGGACAUCUUGGUGAACUGGGUCUGUUUGGUAUGCAGAUACCAGAAGAAUAUGGUGGACUUGAGUUGGAUGCAACAAAAUUUGCUCGACUUGCAGAAAUUACUGCUUUAGAUGGUGCGAUAGCUGUUACACUUGCUGGACAUGGUUCCAUUGGACUGAAAGGAAUUUUGAUAGCAGGAACAGAUGCUCAGAAAGCAAAGUAUCUACCAAAACUUGCUACUGGUGAACAUAUAGCAGCCUUCUGUCUGACUGAACCUACAAGUGGAAGUGAUGCUGCUUCUAUACAAACAAGAGCCACAUUGUCCGAGGACGGGAAAACAUUUCAUCUUAAUGGUGGUAAAAUAUGGAUAACUAAUGGCGGAAUAGCUGAUGUAUUUACAGUAUUUGCUAAAACAGAGGUGGUCGAUGAUAAGGGAGAGAAAAAAGACAAAGUAACAGCAUUUAUUGUUGAAAGAGCGUUUGGUGGAGUAACAAGUGGAAAACCUGAAGAUAAACUUGGAAUACGGGGAUCCAAUACAUGUGAAGUGCAUUUUGACAACACCCCUGUUCCAAUAGAAAAUGUGAUAGGAGAAGUUGGGGGAGGUUUCAAAAUUGCAAUGAAUAUAUUGAAUAGCGGAAGGUUCAGCAUGGGAAGUUCUGGCGCCGGCAUCCUGAAGCGUCUUAUAGGUUACACUGCUGAGCAUGCUAUCUCUAGAACACAGUUUAAACAGAAAUUGAAGGAAUUUGAACUCAUUAAAAAAAAGUUUUCACAAAUGGCAGUAACAACAUAUGCCAUGGAGAGUAUGGCCUACCUCACAGCCCUAACACUAGACUCGUACGAGGAACCUGAUGCUUCGGUGGAGGCAGCCAUAGUUAAGAUAUUUAGUUCUGAAGGCUGUUGGAACUGUGCCAGUGAAUGUUUACAAGUUCUAGGAGGGCUUGGUUACAUGAAGACAUAUCCAUAUGAACGAUAUCUCCGAGAUGCUAGAAUCCUUAUGAUAUUUGAGGGUACCAAUGAAAUACUUCGGCUGUUCACAUCACUCACAGGGAUGCAGUAUGCUGGCAAAGAACUUAGAGAGUUUCAAAAGAUGAUGAAAGACCCUUAUAACAAUCCAUCAGUGGUGUGGAAAGGCUUGAAAAUUGGUAUUAAAUCAAUGUUUGGCAGAAAUACAAAACCAAAAAUGAUUCUGAAUCUUUAUGAAGAAGUACAUCCAAAUUUGAAGGACCAGGCAGAUAUGUUGGAGGAAUCAGUUCUCUUCUUUGAGAUAGCUGUACGAAAUCUCCUUGUUAAAUAUGGAAGUAAAAUACGAGAUGCCCAGUUAGAACUUGAAAGAUGUGCCGAUAUUACUAUGGAUAUCUAUGCCAUGACAGCCUGUAUUGGAAGAACGUCCAGAUCUUUGUGUAUAGGCCUUAAAAACUCUGACCAUGAGUUGCAGUUGACAAGAUUAUUUUGUGAUGAAGCUUUUACAAGAAUAAACCAGAAUUUCAAAGACAUUGAUGCUGGUCGACAGAAGAACAAUGAUGACCUUCGUUGCAGGAUUGCCGACACAAUAUUUGAAAACAAAGGCUAUGCUGCCACACAUCCCUUAGCUCAUAAGUGAUAGACUUUUAACAUAGAUAUAUUUCAUCAAGUCUGAAAGUUUUCCAAGAGAACCAUUUUCUAAUUUCUUUGUAAUACCACAUUAACUUACUCGAAUAGGACCCAGCUGAAUGUAAGAUUGUAAUUGAAAGGAUUCAUUAGCAUUAAUAUGCUAUUCAUUUGUAAAGAGAAUGCGUCUUUUGUACGACUGAAACUAACUACUCUGAUUAUAUUAAAUGGAGCGGGGAGUCUACCCAUAAGAGGAUAAAUUUUGCCGAGGAUUUUGUUAUUUAAAUCAUUAGUUCUAAAUGUAUUAGUCUGGUUAUAAUUAUGUCGGUGAAUUUAUGUUUCUUUCUGUUACUGAUUUUAUUUAAUGAAUUGUUAAUGCGACUUUGACAGCAUAAUUAUUUAAAUAUAUAGAUUUGUUAAUCGAACAUUGCAAAGUAAUUAUUCCAAGAUGAAGUAAAAAUAAUAUUGAAUCUCAUUAACUCUUUUAUAUCAUAUUAUGUGCUGCUAUUACUGUGAUAAUCCUGUAACCUUGACACUUGGAGUUUUGAAGUAAGACUAAAAAUAUACAUGUACUAUACAUGUAUUUACAAUGUAUUAAAAUGAGUUUGUUUAGAUGUUAAUGUCUGUAUGUUGAUAAUACAUUAACUCGUGCAAGAUAAUGUUUCAUCAUUAAAUAUACCAGUUUUUUUUUCUCACUUUAUUUGAAAAUGAUUUUGCUUAAAUUGCUAUUUGGGCUAAUUUGGGAAGUAAUAAAGCUGGUUUUGGAUUCUUGCACGAUUUUAUAGAAAAUUUUGAAUGGAAAGAGGUCUUUUAUAUGCCGGUGAAAAAUCACUGUUUACAUGUAGUUACUUUAAUUUAAAUCAGAACUAAUCAAUCAUUGUAUUAAUUAUCCAUGACCAAUUAUUAUAAUUUGUAUCCUCCGAUUGAGAAAUGUUAUUCAUACAUAGUGCUAGAGGGGGACACGAUUCCAGGUCUGCUUCCUCACUGGUAUCAGGGAUAAUUCUUUUCAGCUUAUUCCAGCCAGUUGGAAUCUUAUCAUUUUUUUUUUUGAAAAGUCACAGGAGCAAAAUAUUGAUUGUUGUAUGUUUAUAAGGAGACAGAAAUUUUGUUCAACAUAUUUGUUUAUAAUUUCUUGUCAUUUAUGCCAAUAGUUUUGUCAAAUUAACUCUAUUAAAUAGAAAUUAGAUAUUAUAAUAAUUA